CCGUUAGCGGUGUUUGUCGGUUCAGGUGCCAACAUGAACCUCCUUGCUGAACACCACCUGCAGGAAACAUCAGCUGCAUUCUAUAUCCCAAACUUCAUCUCUGAAGAUGAAGAACAGUAUUUGCUACGGAAAAUAGAAGAUUCCCCAAAGCAGAAAUGGAAGACGUUGAACAAUCGCAGACUACAAUUAUGGGGGGGUGAAAUUCUUCAGAAGAACAUUCUGUUUCGCCAGGACUUACCUCCAUUCUUGAAUGAUUUUCCUGAUGUUCUUGGACGUCUCAGAGGCCUUGGAGCCUUCAACCAAUCAUUGCACAAAGGACCCAAUCACGUUAUACUGAACGAAUAUCAUCCAGGACAAGGCAUCAUGCCCCACGAAGACGGUCCCUCAUAUCACCCAGUAGUCGCAACUAUUUCCCUAGGAUCUCAUACUGUCUUCCAUUACUAUCGGUAUAAUCAGGAUAAACAUAAUCUGAGUGUUGACCCAGGAUCAACUCGGAUGGGACGUAGCGUCGAUCCAGAGCCUUUAUCAUCGUUGUUUUUGGAGCCUCGCAGUGUGGUGGUUACGACUGGAGAACUUUACAGGACGCAUCUGCAUGGCAUAGACGAGACAGAGACCGACACGUUCACUGGCGAUGGCCUCCUGCUUCUUCCAAAUGGAUCGCACUCGCGGAUUGUUAAUCGCCACAUGAUCAAAGACGAGACAGCUUUGCGGAUUAUUGAAUCGGGAGGGACAGUCGAGAGGACGACUAGGUACAGUCUUACUUGCCGCGAUGUCGAGAAAGUGGCAAGCGGGAGGGUGGCAGGUGUCAUCAAUCGUACCUGACUGCGGUAGUCUAUCAUGGGCCUGAAAGGACAGUUCAAGUCUUUUAGGCUCUGCGAGCCUUUCUUACGUCACGGCAGUCGCGCCGGUACUUGAUUUAGCCAAGGUAUCGAGUAAGGUAUAGUAUAUCAUUUGAUCCCAGAAGGCGUUUCCCCCCUUUCUUUUUCCUCUUCCCCACAUUAUCAUGUGAGAAUUUUCGUGGUGUCAGGGGCACUUCAACACUUCUGCUGCCUCGAGGAUGCCCUUGAUGCAAGGACCAUCCUAAUAUUUCCCUUAUCUCGUACACUAUUCCACACGACCGCAUCUUGACAGUUUCCUUUGUUGUUGCGGUAUAGAAAUAUAGACAUUCUCUCUCUCCUUAAUGCGAAGAUGUUCGUUUGGAGUGCUCGCUCAGCAGCACCGAGCGUCACUCGUACGACAGGUUGGAUUACUCAGGGUAAUCUCGU